AUGACCCUCCAUACGGGAAGUCUCUCUCAAAUCUUUAGUGCUUUCCUUUACUCCAGGACCAACUUACGACAUGUAUUGGAAAGGAAAGACAAGAAAACAUGUCUCCAAUUUACGACUAGAGCAUCUACCUCCUGCAGAAUGCGGCUCUACACUUCUCUCGCAGCUUGCUUUCGCCGCUUCUUGCUCACUUGUAUGCAGAGGUUGCAGGAAUGUUGCGCUUCUAAGUCACCCAUCAUCGGUGUCAUUGUCUUUUUCUAUCGGGUAGACCGCAUAAAAAAACACUUUCCUUCUCCUUUCCUUGUCUUCCAGUUUCAAUUGCAACUUUUUCACAACUUUUUUCAAAUGGCUUAUGAACGUCCUCCAGGACCACCUCCAUCUGGUUAUGAGGACCAGGCUCCUCCUUAUCAAGAAAAGCCCGAGCCAUCACAAAACUAUGACGAAGCCUUCAAAAUAGAAAAACCAAGGUUUAAUGACGUUCCAUUCACCAUUCUCUUUCUCUUGGUUGUGGCUGGGUUUUUUGUCGUGGCUGGAAUCACCCUCCAUGCCAUGAGAUCCACAUGGGAUUUUCAAGGGUCCUCCAUCUACGACACGCAAAAUUAUUUCACCUUGAACGCCAACACAGCAGUUCUUUUUGGCUUUGUUAUAGUGAUUUCGGUUGUCUUUUCGUUUUUGAUCAUCCUAGUGGCCCGUUUCUGGGCCCGCAUGUUCAUUACGCUCGGUCUAAUUUUAAAUGUGGUAUUGGGCUUGGCCACGGCCAUCUACUAUUUCACCACCCACUACUACUCUGCAGCAAUUGUUUUCCUUGUCUUCACCUUGAUCACUGCUUGGGCGUACUGGUCUGCCCGGCUGCGAAUCCCUUUCAGUGCCACUGUGCUUGAAAUCACCAUUGAUGUCAUGAGAAGAUACAAGUCCACGCUCAUGGUGUCAUUUUUGGGCAUAGUCGUGACAGGAGCAUUUUCUACGCUUUUUCUUAUGGUCAUUGUGGCCACUUAUAUUAAGUAUGACCCGAACGAAAACAACCCAGGAUGUAACAUUGACGGUGGUUCUUGCACAAAGGGCAAAUUGAUUGGGCUCCUUGUGUUUGUGUUUUUCGCUGGCUAUUAUAUCUCCGAGGUCCUUAAGAACAUUAUUCAUGUCACCAUUGCUGGAAUCUAUGGAACAUGGUACUACUUGGCGGGGUCGGACCAAGGUGAGCCCAAACAUCCAGCUUUGGGAGCUUUCAAGCGAGCAAUGACGUACUGCUUUGGCUCUAUUUGCGAAGGUUCGCUUAUUGUUUCACUUCUCCAGUUACUUAGGCAAUUCAUCCGCAUAUUGAGAAGCAAUGCUUUGGGCGACAACGAUAUGUGUGCUGCCUGUGGAUAUUUGAUUCUAGAUUGGAUCAUGGGUUUUGUUGAGAUGAUGGUGCGCUACUUCAACCACUAUGCGUACAUCUACAUUGCUCUUUAUGGCAAAAAAUACACCAAGGCAGCAAAGGAAACAUUCCAACUUCUCCGUUUCAAGGGCAUGGACGCUUUGGUCAAUGACUGUUUUAUCGGAACAUCCAUCCAUUUGUUUUCUCUUUUCGUUGCGUAUGUGGUGGCACUUUUCACGUACAUCUACUUGAGAUAUACAAAGCCAGCCUACAAUCAAGACGGAGGCUACUAUGCUCCGCUUGUUGCUUUUGGCUUUGUCGUUGCCGGCCAGGUGACCCGUAUAUCGUUGACGGUGAUUGAUUCGGGUGUCUCAACGUUUUUUGUGGCUUUGGCCAAGGACCCAGAGGUUUUCCAAAUGACAAACAGAAACCGCUUUGAUGAGAUUUUCCGCAAUUACCCACAGGUGUUGAACAAGUUGCUUUCCAACGACGAUAAUCACUAUCAGAACCAAAACCUGUAUAAUUCUCCCCAACAGCCAUACUACCAACAGCCCCAGUAUGGUCGGGUUUAA